UUGGACACCCGUGCGCCGCGGUGUGCGUCAGGAAGCAUGUUCAGCUGGGUCAGACAGGAGCACGGCGGCCGCAACAAGGAAGGAGAGAUGUACCAGACGGUGACCGAGGGGCUGCAGAGCCUGUACACCAAGAAGCUGCUGCCGCUGGAGGAGACCUAUCUCUUCCACGACUUCCACUCCCCUGCCCUGGAGGGCGCCGAUUUCCAGAGCAAGCCCAUGGUGCUGCUGGUGGGCCAGUACUCCACCGGGAAGACCACCUUCAUCAGGUACCUGCUGGAGCAGGAUUUCCCCGGGAUGCGCAUUGGCCCAGAGCCGACCACCGACGGCUUCAUAGCUGUAAUGUAUGGGGAAAAUGAAGGGGUUGUCCCGGGCAAUGCUCUGGUGGUGGACCCCAAGAAGCCAUUUAGGAAACUCAAUGCAUUUGGAAACUCUUUCCUCAACAGGUUCAUCUGCUCCCAGAUGCCCAAUCAGGUUCUUCAGAGUAUCAGCAUCAUCGACACUCCUGGUAUCCUGUCUGGAGAGAAGCAAAGAAUCAGCAGAGGUUAUGACUUUGCGGAAGUCCUGCGUUGGUUUGGAGAGCGGGUGGACCGUAUCAUCCUCCUGUUCGACGCCCAUAAGCUGGACAUCUCCGACGAGUUCUCGGAGGCCAUCAAAGCUUUUAAGGGCCAAGACGACAAGAUCCGAGUGGUCCUCAACAAGGCCGACCAGGUGGACACACAGCAGCUGAUGAGGGUGUAUGGUGCCCUCAUGUGGUCACUCGGAAAGGUGAUCAACACUCCGGAGGUGGUGAGGGUUUACCUGGGAUCGUUUUGGGCGAAACCUCUGCAGAACACAGAGAAUAGGCGUCUUUUUGAGGCCGAGUCACAGGAUCUUUUCCGGGACAUCCAGAGUCUUCCCAGGAAUGCAGCCCUGCGUAAACUCAAUGACCUCAUUAAGAGAGCCAGGCUGGCCAAGGUGCAUGCUUAUAUCAUCAGCCAUCUGAAAAAGGAGAUGCCAUCUCUUUUUGGGCGGGAGAAAAAGAAGGAAGAGCUAAUAAUGAGGCUCCCGGAGAUCUACACCCUCCUGCAGAGAGAGCAUCAUAUCAGCCCUGGAGACUUCCCUAAUGUAACCAAGAUGCAGGACAUGCUGCAGCACUAUGAUUUCAGUAAGUUCCCCUCACUGAAGAUGAAACUGAUUGAAUCCGUGGAUAAGAUGCUCGCCACGAAAAUCGCCGGUCUGAUGGCGAUGAUCAGGGAGGAGGAGUCCAAGCAGCCUCCGGCCAUGGUGUCGGGGGGUGCUUUUGAGGGCUCCCAGGAUGGACCCUUUGGCCACGGUUAUGGUGAGGGCAUUAGUGCUGGGGCUGAUGCUGAGGAUUGGAUAGUCAGCCGCGACAAACACCGCUACGACGAGAUUUUCUACACGCUCAUGCCUGUUAACGGCAAGAUUACCGGCGUCAACGCCAAGAAGGAGAUGAUGAAUUCACGGCUACCCAACACGGUGCUGGGAAAGAUCUGGAAACUGGCCGACUGCGACAAGGACGGCAUGCUGGAUGACGACGAGUUCGCCCUCGCCCAGCACCUUAUCAAAAUCAAACUCGAAGGCUAUGAGCUCCCCACUGAGUUGCCUGACCAUCUUGUGCCCCCCGCUCACCGCAAAAACCCCACUGCAGAUGCUCUGUACAACCACAACGAGGACUAG